AUGGAUGCCGCCGAACACGACCUUGAUGCUAAGCUCUACAAGGCAUCCGGGUCUCUGCUACUUGAGAUUCAACGCAAAUUGCCCUUAUUGAUAUUCAAUCCCCUCAACCCAUCCGGAAGCCCACGUGUUUGCGUUCUUGACUCCAAGUGCUACGAAGUUAGACUGCUUCUGGAUCGCUUUCAAGAAUGGCCUCAGCUUCUCGACCCCUGCCUUUCAAACUUCGUUCAGCUUCUGGCUGGAGCCUUUGUGGGCUAUCUUACGACUGCGAGCCACCAUUAUGGUCCAAGUCGAAGACACGGAACCACCACCGUUUCUCCUCUUCCGCGAGCAAUAUGUCAACUCCUGUACACCUUCUGCAAGGUCAGGGGCAAUAAGGUCAUCGUUCGUCUGCUGAACAGCGAGCCCAAAUAUUUAGGGCCCAUGUUAUCCGCUUUCAAGGCGUGGAAGACUCCAGCCUUGGGGAUGACUUGGGAGGAGCGAUACGUCAUUUUAUUAUGGCUCUCCCAUCUCAUGCUCGCACCUUUUGAACUGGCCAACAUGUCAAUCCGCACUGAUGACCAACCUGACCUGGAUAUCUCUCAUGCACUUGGCAAUCUUCCCGGGAUUGCCAGUGAUGUAGUCUCUCUUGCCUUUGGGCAGCUGGGCAGUUCAGGUAAAGAACGUGAUGCAUCCAGCAUCUUGCUCGUACGACUGUGCCUCCGCAACGAUAUGCGGACUCAUGAUUUGCCCUUAAAGCUCAUCAAUCAUGCCACUCAGAGAUUGCUCUCUGGUGAUGAACUUGUCUCUGUCAACCCUUAUAGGUCACUUGGCUUCCUCUCACUUAUACACGGGAUUACGAACUCUGGAUCAGACAGCGAAGUUGGCCCGUAUCUUGAAAAGCUCUUUCAAAGUAUGUUGGAAGUUGCUACGUCACCGAGCAGUCAUUUCAUUGGCGUUCGAGACUCUGCUCCCGCAAGAAAGUCGAUUUUGAAGAUCCUACGCGUCAUCUUGACCCAUGCGAUUUCUUUGAACUCAAGCAAGCCGGUCAUUGCAGAAGGAAAUUUGAACAUGAUGCUUGAAGAGAGCAUUCAGUAUUAUCUCGAUGCUCUCAGCGACAAAGACACGCCUGUAAGGAUGGCGGCUGCCAAGUCUCUCAGCGUUAUCGCUCUCAAGCUCGAGCCUGCCAUGUCCGCAGAGGUUGUCGAAGCCGUACUGGCAUGUCUUCAGGAGAAUGUUCUCCUGGAGGACCGCCACACUCAGAAGCUCGUCGCCAUUACAGAUAAGGUCAAGAAUGACGGUGCCGCCUUGAAAAGGAACAUAAGUGCUGUCGAUCCGUUGCGCUGGCAUGGAUUGAUGUUGACCCUCGCUCACCUUUUGUUCCGCCGUUCGCCACCACCUAACAUACUUUUAGAGAUCAUUCAAGCUCUCAUACUAGGACUAGAAUUCGAGCAGCGAUCGAAUGUGGGCACGUCGAUCGGCGUUGGGGUCCGAGAUGCUGCUUGUUUUGGUCUUUGGGCCCUUGCUCGAAAGUACAGCUCCGCUGAACUUGAGCUCGUCCAGAUUUCCGAGUUGACCGAAACCAAGUCGGGCGAAUUUUCCAAGAGUGCCAGCGUUCUACAGCUUCUCGCGGUUAAACUGACCAUAUCUGCCUGUCUUGAUCCUUCCGGCAAUAUACGGAGAGGUUCUUCCGCAGCUCUCCAAGAGCUUAUAGGGCGACACCCAGACACAAUCCUCCAUGGGAUAGCCAUUGUUCAGAUUGUUGACUAUCAUGCCGUGGCUAGGUUAUCUCGAGCUAUGACGGAAGUCUCUCCACAAGCAGCAUCUCUCAGUCCCGUUUACCGUAGAACCCUUUUGCAGGCGCUCAUCGAAUGGCGAGGUGCGCGAGCUACUGACGUGAAUCAACGCCGUUGGGCGGCAACGACCAUUCGUACUCUUACCAAAUUUCUUCCAGACUCAGAUACAAUCGCUUUUGUUCGGAUUAUCCUCAACCAACUUCUUGAUUUGAAGUAUGUGAACAUCGGAAGCACAGCUGGAGCUCGGCAUGGGCUGCUCCUUGCUCUAGCUUCAGCACUGGAGUCGAUGACAGAAAACGACGCGGCGACAACGCUGUCAUGGCUGUCGGAAGAAGAGAACCCCAUAUUGGCCCUUAGUAAAUUGACGGGCAAAAUGGAUGGGCGUGUGACCGCCGAUUUGGAGCUUGUACUGGAAGCCAUCUCUACUUUGAUUGGCAGGAUCUGUCGAUGCUUCUCCUUGAUGCCCGCGGCCAACACAACCUUACAACGACGCCUCAUCCCAUCAGCUCUGGAUAUUCUCAGUCAAUGCACGGUGGCCGCCGGUCGAGACAUCGUGGUUCAGGCCAGCGCCGACGCAGUGGUGGAACUCUUUAAGCUGCUUCCCAACCCCGAUGACACCAAAUUGGUUGAGAACUGGCUCGACAGCAAAGAACAGCCACCUUCCGUUUUCACAAGCAAAGGCCGCAUCAAAGCACUCAGUCUUAUCCAUGCCUACCUAGCUCGGGUAGCACGCCAAUACGAACUGCGAGAGAGUAUCACGUCCUACGCGAUCAAGAUCGUCGAAGGAAACUUCAAAAUAGAGACGCGAGUUGAUGCGAUGGAAGCACUUGCCGUCAUUCUGCCGACGGUCGAGGCGUCGACACAGACAGAUGCCUCUAGAAUAUCCGCUGUACUCCGGUGUGGACUGACAGACUACACCAACGAUCAGAGAGGAGACAUUGGAUCGAUACUUCGACUUCAGAGCCUCGAAACUGUUGACGCCUUCCGUGGCAGCAAAGACCCGCAUCAGAUCUUGGAUCCCGUACGGAGAACUAUACUGCCUCCGGUGGUGAAACUCGCUGCGGAGAAGUUGAACAAUGUACGCUUUCGAGCAUGGAAAUGUCUGGAGAGUUAUUGGCGAACAAGCCUAAGGUUCCCAGCGCUGAAAAGCACUUUUCAUUAUCCGGCCGAUGUAUCUUCUGUCGCUUAUUUCCGACAAUUAAUGGAACUUCUAUGUGUGGAGUGGGCCCAGAAAGAUCUCCUCUUAGGGAUUGUCUCCUCAGCGACGUCAGGCACAGAAGACACAUGUCGAGCAGCGUGCAAUGCGUAUGUCCUGAAUAUGCAGUCGCUCGACAAUGAUGAGCGCCAAAAACUGACGACCACGGUAUCAUCGAUAUUGGUCGAGCAGCUGGGUUUGAGCGCGGCGCAGGAGGAUCGCCAGGUGGUGCCUUUACUGGACUUCAUCACUUUCAUGAUUGACCAGGGCCUUUGGUGUUCUGAGCCGAUCAUGCAAUCGCGCGACAGAGGUCUCGACAUCUGGGACGUCAUGCAGACAGUUCACACUGCUUCGUCAACUCUUCAGAGGAUUGAGGCUUCACUCAAUUUGUAUUCAAGGCUGUUGACAAUUGAUGGUUUUCGAGCUAGGGCCAUGGACAAACUAACACGCCAAUUGCUCCAUCGCUGGCCAAAAGUGAUUCGUAACUCCGCCGCAGAUCUGCUCUAUCUUGACACUCCGACUCCAAUUUUGGCAUCUUGUGAUUGGAACAGUCCGGUCACGAAAAUAAAACCAGUCGUCCUGGAACUUCGGAAGCAGCUCGGUGUGGCGGGAAAUGCUGCCCCAAAAUCAUAA